AUGUCAAACCGGUAUUCAAGAUCCGAAAAAGGAAAAUGGGUGCCUGAAGCAUCUAGAACCCCAACACGGAAACCCUCUUCGCAAAGUAGAAGAGCCCCUGUCCUACUCCCAUCAAGUGACAACUCGGAACUCAUUGAAGACAACAAGCUCACUCUCUUAGGUCGGGUCACCAAGCCAUCGAUCCAAAAACCUCAGUGGGUCCUGGACUGGCUAAUCCAAUUCUGGAACCUCGAAACCGCUGUCACAGGAAGAACUCUAGGGCCAGACUUGUUCCAAGUCAAAUUGAGACGGAAGAUGCCUUUAUCUGUAAUGAGGCGAGCACCUUUCCACUACAAAAGAUGGAUGAUCAUUCUACAACGAUGGGAGCCAAUCGUAUCAAACUCUUUCCCCAGGCGUACUCCAUUCUGGAUUAAUAUUCACGGCCUGUCCCUACACUUCUGGACCUUCAAGGUUCUAGAAACUAUUGGAGAAGAGCUUGGUAUCCACAUUGAUGAGGACAUUCCCCAAGGCAGAGUUCGUGUGGAUAUUGAUUGUCUCAAAAAUCUGGAGAUGCAGCUACCGGUCCAACUUCAAUCUGGUGAAGUCUUCAAUGUGGACUUGGAGUAA